AUGUCUUUUGAUCAAAGUGGUACUUCUCUAAAUAGCGUAUUUACUAUGGUUCCCAAUACCCAGAAGAUUCAGGACUCAUUGCAAGGUUUUCGUCUGCAGUCACCACAGCAGCAACGUCCAGCACAACAAGUACAACAGCAACAACCAGAAAACCAAAGACAGCAGCAGUAUCAACACCAACAACAAGCAGGAAAUGAAAUAUGCCAAUGUAAGAAUGGGAUGAAGAUUUUUGAGCGAUCUGUGGAGGACCAGUGUUCUGAUGUGUGGUAUUCGGAUACCUCGGAUGAGGAUAAAAGCGACAUUGAAGAAGAAUUAGAUCCUCUAAAAGAGGUAGAGAAGCAUAAACAUCGAAAGGGGCGUCAUAAUGGGGCUGUUAACUCAUGUUUAGAUAGCAAAGCUGGUGGAGGAGGUUUACAGGGGCAAGGGAGUGGCAAUAUGAGGAAAAUAGGGACUUCGCGUACUGCAAGUUGCGGCACCACAAGUACUAAUAAGAAAUCACAGAUUUGUUCUCGGUGCCACCGCCUAAAGCCAGUAAGGUCACACUCGAGAAGCGCUUUUGAUUUAGAGGAACUGGCGAUCAAUAGACCGAGGACGAACAGUAUCAUGCUACAACUAUCCAGACAAACGACAAGGCAGAGCUUUUUGGAUGGUAACAAUACUACCACAGGCAGUAUUGUUACUCAUUCUGCAAACGACGGCAAUCCUUUAGAUGAAACUAUGUGUAGAACUAGGUCACGUUCAUCCUUCACCGCUAUACCGACUCAUGUCUACAGUCUAGAGAAAUACAUUAGUACUGAAUUGGAUUCAGCAACGGAAUCCUUCUUUGACAAGGACGUCAAAAUAUCAGAUUCUUCCCCAACAGAGGUUCAAAGUAGUAUUGCAUCUCCUAAUUUUCCAAGUUCGUCCGCAAGCAUAUCUCUAAGUUUUGCAAGUUUGAGUUCUAACUCUAAUAUAAAUGACAAGCUUUCUCCACCCCCCAUCUUCCUGGAUCAACGCAAAAGAAGGAAAUCCCACAUCGAAAUGUCACUUUCUGAAUCUUUCCAGUGA